AUGACCAUCUGCUUCAGAAGUCGACGGCAGAAGAGCUCAACAUUAUCGUUGACGAAGGCAAGGCCAACCACGAGGAAGUGCUGGAAGCUGGUCGAGAGGCUGCGUCAGACAUGCAGGUACGCAGCACACCAAAUCCAUGGACACCUAAGCAAGCCCAAUGAUAUGAUAGCUAACCUUGUUGCCCAACCACAUAGAAACUUGUCUCGCAAGCUGUUGAGGACAUGUUUGCUCAAUGAUUGGGCGAACACGGAAAUCUGGCGUUGUGAUAUCGCCCCGCUUGACUCGACAGCAGACAGGCCCCGUCACAUCUAG